AAUACUGUGUCAUUGCUACAUUACUGCUGAAAUCAAGAGUUGCAUUGUUUUUUUUUCUGUGUUGUAUUACAUUGGAUAGCAGAAAAUUUCAAUAUAAGGAUGAAUUUGUAAUCCUUGUCAGUGUUCACAGCAACUGCAAACUGCACAAAUUUGCAUAAAACAUAUUGUUAAAACAUUUUGUGACGAAAUAAAACGAAGAAAAAAGCUCUGAUACGAGAAAGGAGCUAAAAAUAUACAGUCCCAUUGAGAAUUUCUUGGAUUGGGAACUGUUCGGAGCACAAAUUUAGACCUCAAAAUGAUGUUCAACGUUGAUACUGUCGUGAAUUUCGAGCGAAAAUGUCGAAUUUGUGCGAGUGAUUUGCUCGAUAUUUCGUGUGCCAUCUCCAUUUUCAGCGGAAUCGGAUUGGAAGACAAACUUCAACGAUAUCUCUACAUAAAGGUUACAAAAGACGAUGAACUACCAAAGUCUAUUUGCGCAACAUGUUUCAUCAAAAUCGAGUCUAUUGACAAAUUUGCGUAUAUGGCAGCUCGCACAGAGGAAACUUAUAUCGCCUAUUUAAUGCGUUCGCACGAUAAAUUUCCGAAAACAAAUCCUUCGGUUGUGAUGCAUCAAGAUGAAAAUAGCGUAGAUAAUAUGCAACAGAUGUCGUGUCAGAAUCAACCUGUUCAACAACAUCAGCAAAAAAUGAUCCUAAAGACUUAUCGAAAUCCUAGAAAUCCGCGACAUGUUGAUCAUAUAACGCUUGAACAGAUAAUUAACGAUCAAAUUGUGAAAAAUCCAAAAGGAAUCCCUUUGCCGCCCACAAUUGUUAUGACAAGACCCAUUGUUGAUUCGUCAAUAAUUGCUUAUCAUGACUUGAAAAUUGGGCAGCUCAUCAAAGAUGAAGAACUUUUGAAGUUGAUUUUGAAAGCUUUAAAAUGGAUUGAAACGCCGGGUAACAAACGAUGGGAUUAUUGGUUGAAAAAGUUGAAACAAUCGAAAUUUCGUGAUGUUUUAUCGAAUCCAAAUUUGUUGAACGAUAGCGAUUUGAUGCAACUCAUCAAAAGUUAUGUAGGUCAAGAUGCUCUUACUCUCUUCAAUAGUGUUGUGCCGCCUCAACCGUACAUUCCUCCCAAACAAUUUCAUGUUAUUCCGACGCAAGCACCGACAACAAAUUAUCCCGUCGUUUAUGAUUCCGCAGAUCAAGACAGUGUAACGCAAAUGGAAGUUUCGUGCGAUCCAAGUUUGUUCAUUGACGAUGAGACAACGCAAAACAGUACGCCGCCCUUGACGAUAAUUGAUCGCAAAACAGGAGAAGAGAUCCGUAAUACAGGAAAAUUUAUUUGCUCAAUGUGUCCCGAGACAUUUUCGUUGAACAACGAAUUGCAGAAUCACGUUCUCACACAUUUGUUGAAUCAACCCACAAGUAGCGAAACAAAAGACAAAAAAAGUCGACAAAAACGUGCGCGAAAAAAUCUCGAGAAAAAUGAUGAAAUCCCAAUUACGAGUGAAAAUAUGGUCAAAUUAUGUCCCCAUAUGACAGAAUACGUUGAACGUCGCGGAAGAAAACCCAAACAGGAUAAUCAUGAUGCGAGUCUCGCAUGCCCAUAUUGCCACAAACUUCUUUCAACCAAAGGAAAUCUCAAAGUUCACAUAAAUGUGCACAAACGACGCGGCGAACAAGAAACGGAAUGCAAAAAAUGUCAAGAAGAAUCUCAAAGUAUUGUUGUAAAUAGUAAACCUCUUCCGCCGUUGAUUCCAGUUAAAGUCGAUAAACCUCAAAUGGAAAAGAUUGAAGAACCAGCUGAAGAAAAAAGAGCAAAAAGUCCCGAAAUUAAGCCGCCGAAGAAAGUAUUGACUGAGAGACAAAUGUUUCCAUGCGACUCGUGUAACAGAAUUUUCAAGUCGAAAGGUGCUUUGUCGAUUCACUUGUUGAGUCACGCUUUAGAAAAGACACAAAAGAAACGACUCAAAGGAAAAAGAUCGCGAAAGGUUCAUGAAACAGAAGUCAAAAAACGACGCACGCAAAAAACAACAGAGAAAAUUGUGAAAAACGAAUAAAUUUGCCAUUUUUAGAAGAAAAAUUCUAUUGAACCACCCUAUAAAAAAAUCUGAUUAGAAAAAUUACCAUAUAAAUAUAAAUGUUU